GAGAGAGAGAGAGGGAGAGAGCGAGAGAGAGGAAGGAAAAAGUGGAAAGAAUCAGAUGGAAAUAAGGGAAAGAACGAGUGUGUGAGAGACACAGAAAGCUGAGCCGAAGUGAGAAAAGUUUCUUCACAAGCCAAAGAGUAGGUAACAGGUCAGUGGACUUACUCUGGGGGAUUAUGUCUAAACCUUCGUCCAACGUCAAGGCCCUUCAGGCUAAUUUGAAUAUUCCGAUGGGAGCUCUGCGUCCAGGGGCGGGACAUCCUGUCAAGAGGAGAGAGGAGACAGUGGACACAGAGGAGGCUCAGUCACCACCAGAGCAGCAGCCGAGCGCUGAAGCUCAGACACCCGAAGAGAAGAAGCCGUUGCCGGGCGCCGCGAAGCUCCCCGGCCCCGUUGUCAACCUCUCAGAGCUGCAGAAUGUCAAGAGUGAACUACGAUGGGUCACCAAGGAUUAACGUGUAAAUAUGUACAUAAAUGAUCCCACAACACAGAGGGAAGAAAGAUAAUCUUCACACUCACAGACUUGCCCACUGCUACAGACGGCUAACGAAUCCCAGACACAAACAGCUUUCUGCAAAGCCACUAUCUGCAGAAAACAUUUGCCUUCUACGACCACCAGAAGGAGGCAUGGCAUCCAUAAACUCUUUGACACUCUAAGAAAGUGUUAGCUGAUCCCGUUUAUCCACAUGUAGAAUCGUAAAUCAUACAAAAUAGCCGUGCUGUAAAGAUGAAUCACUCCUCUGUACCUGUGACGUUUGAGUUGUUUUGCGUUGAAUGGAUAUUCUUUGCUUUUUUUUAAUUAUUAUUAUUUUACUUCAAGUCCAGAUCACUUGACAUUGUGAUUUCCUCAUCUAUCUCUUUUUCAUAUGCUGUCAAAAGUGGAUUGACUACUUUGAUUGAUACUAUGCUCUCUAUUAAAGCUGGAGUGCAGGAACGUUUACAUA